AUGUAAAGAGAGAAUUAGAUGUUGAAAUUAUAUGAUGAAGGGAGAGGAAGAUAGGUUUGUGGGACUAUCACUUUAACAUUCAAAUUUGAAAAAAAUUUAGAAUUGCCAUACAAUUAAAAGACAUGCAUUAGAGACAAUCAUAUUCUAGAAAGUGAAAAAUUCAAGCGUUUCGCUAGUCCAAUCGACCUGAAUAUUGAGUAUUGUUAUACUAUAGAUGAAGAAGAAGAAGUUAGAUUGGAUGUCAAGGAUUAUUAUUUGGAUGACAUUUCUGACUUUGAAGAAUAUAAAGAAUAUAAAUAACGGCUUAAAUCGAAAACUUCUAAAUUUUUUAUUUCUAAUUUCACUAGCAGUCCAGAUAAUCGAUAUAUAAUUUUAUAUGUUGUGGUAGAAAUUAAAGAAAAGAUUGGAACUUAAAGAAUAAUUAUAAUUGAUACAAUCAAUCCAAAUAUCAAAAAAAUAUUUCUUAGGACUUCUUUUAUGGGAGAGUAAAGACCUGAAUUUUCUAAAGAUGGCAAUUUCGCUUUCAUCAAUAUUACAAAAAAUGAGAAGUAUUCAAGAUUCUUAAUAUUGAAUCUCAAAAAUGGAAUAUAAGAAGAAAAAAUCAUUAAAUUGAGUUCUUCAGUUAGAAAAAUAGAUUAUGAUGUCUAAUCUGGUUGUUUGUUUUAUAUAUCUUUUUAUUGCGAAAUACACAAAUAACCUUUGGAUUAAGAUGGCACUAUAGAUAUAUCAAAGUAAAAAAUUUAUAAAAUUUAUUUGGAACCAAUCGAUUUGUCUAGUUAUUAAAUAACUCUCACUCUACUUAGCGAUUCAAUUGUACUUGUUACAGAUGAUAAAGGCCACCUUAUUGUUUCUAGAAUUAGAGAUAAUUGUAAAGCAGCAAAAUUAUAUUUGUGUAAUCAAUAUUUAAGUCCAUAAUACACAUUUAAUAAGGCGUUUGUUGUUAUGGCUGAUUCCAAUUCGAGAAAAGUUGCUCUGAUUGAUAUUUCAAGGGGAAAAUUAAUUAGAUCGAAAUAUAACGCUAAUUAGUAUUUACAAGUUUAUGGUUAUCAUUAGAAGGAUUCAUAUUAUAUCUCUUUUGAGUCUUUAAGCAAUUGCAAACAAACCAAUUAUAAUUAGGUUUCUGUAAGGAGUAUUGGCUGGAGUGAAAUAAGAAAAAAGUGGUUGAUUUUUGACGUUAUUAGAGGAACUGAAAUUGAAAUUCAAAGGGAUGAUUCUUUAGAUAAAACCUCGGAUUUAUUUACAAGAAAUAUUACGAUGAGAUAAUAUGAUAAUAAAAUAAGUUAUUAAUUAAAACAUUGA